AUGCUGUACGAAGAGUCUACUACAGCGUCCCAAACCGAAUCUCCUCGGUCACCCAUGCCCGAAGAACCGCUGGCUAAAAGACAAAAACUUGAAAGUACACUUCUGACUUGGAUCCCACCAUCUGUGACAUCUCUUCCUGGGCCAUCAUUUCAUGCUUCAACCACAUACCAUUCCCAGAUCCCAAGAUUGAUCCUUGAAAACAAAACCGCUUCCGUAGUGCUUGGAGUUGACGAAGCUGGACGUGGUCCAGUGUUGGGGCCAAUGGUUUAUGGCAUUUCUUAUUGCCUUGAAAGUUACCAGGAAGAUCUCAAACACAAAUAUGGAUUUGCCGACUCCAAAGUACUUAAGGAAGACAAGAGACGAGAGUUGUUCUAUAUGGUCGAGCUGAUGGACCAUGAACUCAACGAAAACGUAGGUUGGGCCACACGCACUAUGACUGCUAGAGACAUUUCGAGUGCUAUGCUUCAAGGCCGUGGAGCUGCUGGAGGAGCCAAUCUCAAUGAGCAAGCUCAUAACACGACAAUACAGCUUAUACGUGAAGUUUUGGAUCUGGGGGUUAACGUGAAAAAGGUAUUCGUGGAUACUGUAGGACCCCCAGCUACAUACCAGAAAAAACUACAAGGAAUAUUCCCGACUUUGGAAAUCACAGUCACGAAAAAGGCAGAUAGUAUCUUUCCCAUUGUGAGUACAGCAUCGGUGGUAGCCAAAGUAACCAGAGAUCUCAACAUACAUUACUACCACGACCAGUUAGCAUUGCUUCAAGGCAAGGUUAUCGGUUCGGGAUAUCCUUCGGACCCUAAUACUUCGACGUGGCUUCAUGCCAAUGUUGACCCUGUCUUUGGAUGGUGUCCUCUAGUUCGUUUCCUGUGGCAAACGGCAAAAGAUAGUCUAAAAAACCACCAUGGUGUAUCGGUUGUCUAUGAGGCCGAUUGCGAGAAAGAUCCGGGCUACGGCGAUGUUCUGAGCCUACUUGAAAAAUCAAGCAACUACUGCGUGGAGGUUGACUUCUACGGCCUGAAUGUUGUUUUGUAG